GCGGCCACCGUGUAACGCUGCGUAGUUUUUAGCCGUUUUCCUCGUUCUUGUUAGUGUUGUUUUUCGGUUUCUAACGCUGCCACAAGCCCACCGAAGUGCACCUUCUCAUAGGAAACGAAUUGAUAGGAGCAAACAUAAAAAAAUCGGUACCGCAACGGCGGAGAACGCUGAAGAACCCUCCAUCGCAAAAGCCUGUCGCACGGAUUCAAGAUGCCGCUGACGAACCAACCUUCUAACACCGCGGCAGAUGUGAAGCCCCUUGGCCGACUAGCAACACGUUACCGAGCGGCGAUGGAGAAGCAAAGUUUAUUGAAAGGAGCGGGCGCCGGAAUGGAUCAGCAACAUGCCGGAACCAUGAAACGCAAAGCCGAUAUAAGUCCGUUAAAGCAUGAGCACGGCACUAAACGUCUCGCUUUGGGCAAUCUAACCAACGCUGAAGCUUCCGCCAGCAAUAUUGCUUCCGGUGCCACCGGUGGCGGUUUCCUAAAAAACAAAACCAUUAACAAGUUGCAAAAACCGCUCAGUCAAAUGGUUCAACAGUUAACGAUACGCAACCGAAACAACUGCGAUGGCAAGAAACAAUCGUCAAAGGCGGUUACACAGUCGCACAUGUACACCAAACCAGACGUCAAUGGACCAGAAAUUAAAGGUGCAACGAAAAUUUUGACCAGAGCGGCUAUGCGCCAGCAGCAACAGCAGCAGCAGCAAGCCCAGAAGACUGUUGAUCAUGACGCUGCCAAGGAAAACUUGCUUCCUUCGGAAAAACUAUCAUCCUCCACGGCCGUUAACGCAUCAGAGCAGAAGCUUCUAGUACCACCAGUAACGAAAAUGACGAAAGCUCUCGAGACAAAACGGACCAAUAUUGCUACCUCGCCAGCUAAACUGGAACCGACCAAGAAGCGUUCUGAAACAGCAUCCUCGCCCUUAGGGAAAAACACCAGUGGUCCAGCUGUUACCGUGGCAACGGGGAUAACGAACAAAGUGAAAACUCGUCUAUCAUCCGAGUUUGAAAGCGACAGCUCAUUGUAUGUGACGGCACUCGAUUUUUUCAAUGAAGAUCCAACUGGCGGUACUGGGCGUGCUGCAGAAGCUGCUAGCAAUGCUCGGGCCAUAGCUGCUAUGGCUAAGGAGGCGAAUGCUCAAACCAAAAAGGUAACCGCUAAGGUGAUUGUCAUAACCGACGGACCGCCAGCCGGCAAUCGGAAGCACCUGGACAAACCUGAUUCUGUUGCUAUCGAAGCGAAGAGCAAGAAGUCUGAGAUAUCGAUUGGGGAAUCGGUCCCAGAGAAGGAGAAGCAGACAGAUGCAGUGGUUGAUAGCUCGCCCCGCAAACGGACUCCAGCUGAUGUCGAGGAUUUCGAUAAAGCCAACUGGAAUGAUAUCUACCAGGUAUCACACUACGCGCAGGACAUUUUUGAAUAUCUGCGCGAGCGCGAAAGUUCAUACAUUGUACCCGAUUAUAUGGAGAAGCAACCAUACGUGACGAAAUGGAUGCGCGCUGUGCUGGUCGAUUGGAUGGUCGAGAUUCAAGAGUCAUUCGAACUGAACCACGAAACGCUCUACCUGGGUGUAAAGAUCGUAGACAUAUAUCUUUCCCUGGUGGUCAUUCAGCGAGAGCGUCUGCAGCUCGUGGCUGCUGCGGCGUUGCUUAUCGCGGCGAAGUACGACGAGCGCAUCCCUCCGACGGUAGAUGAUUUCAUAUACAUCUGUGAUGGAGCGUACGAUCGACCAGAGCUGAUCAAGAUGGAGCGAACCGUGUUCCGAACCAUUGGGUACGAUCUUGGAAUUCCAUUGUCGUAUCGCUUUCUGCGUCGCUAUGCUCGAGUCAAUCGUGUUCCCAUGCCCAUUCUUACACUUGCUCGGUACAUUCUUGAGACGAGCCUGAUGGAGUAUAACACCGUGCUGAUGCUUGAUUCGAAGUUGGCUUGCGCGGCCCUCUUCAUAGCUUUGCGCAUGAACAACAAACCGGGCUGGAAUCCAACGCUCGAGUUCUAUUCCGGUUACAAAAUGGCGGAUUUUAAGGACGUUGUGAUAUCACUGAACAUGUGUAUGAUGCAUCCCAAAACAACGCUAAACACCGUUCGCCAGAAGUAUUCGCACGAACUGUUUUUCGGUGUUGCCAAGUGCCCAGUUAUCCCGAGCCUGGAAAAGUUAUUCGAUGGUGCGGUACCGGCUGAUGCCUCCGUGUUCAAAAUGCCCACAGCUAUCUCGACGGCUACCGGUGCAGUCGGCAGUUGUGGCCAGCAAGAGCAAUCGAAAAAGGAUGGUGAUUGAAAACGCUCGACCUAUGUGCCACCCAUGCCAUUUUUCGUAACUUUCGUAACCAUUAAAUUUCGUAACUGUGUUUUGUUUAAGUAGAAGUAUAACAUGAACGACCCAUGCUUCAUUGCUCUUUUGACCAAUUGGACUGUAGGACGCCUAAUGUGUUCUGUAUCAAACAAAUUUAGAAUUUGGCGUGUUUGUCAUAAGCCCGCAGUUUUUUUUUGUUUUCAGAGCCUUGUCGAUGAAUUAUUUG